AUGGUGUCCGGCUACCUGAGGGUCGACGGUGACAAGGUCGUCGACGGCAGUGGGCAGCAGGUGGUGCUGCGCGGAGCGGCUAUUGGAGGAUGGAUGAACAUGGAGAACUUCAUCACAGGCUACCCCGGCCACGAGUUCCAGCAUCGAGCAUCCAUGAAGAAAGUGCUGGGCGAAGAGAAGGCCGACUUCUUCUUCGACAAGUGGCUGGAGUACCACUUCACCGAAGCCGACGCCCGCUUCUUCGCCAGCCUGAAGCUGAACUGCAUCCGGCUCCCCUUCAACUACCGGCAUCUGGAAGAUGACAUGAACCCGCGGGUGCUGAAGGAGGCUGGAUUCAAGCACCUCGACAGGGUGAUUGAUUUGUGUGCAAAGCACCAGAUCUACACGAUCCUCGACAUGCACACCGCGCCAGGCGGCCAGAACCCCGACUGGCACUCCGAUAACCCUACCAACUAUGCCGCGUUUUGGGACUACAAGGACCACCAGGACAGGACCAUCUGGCUAUGGCAAGAGAUUGCCAAAAGAUAUAGGGACAACGCGUGGGUGGCCGGGUACAAUCCCAUCAACGAACCGUGCGACCCCGAGCAUAUCCGCCUGCCAGCGUUCUACAAACGGAUCGAAGCGGCCAUCCGUGCCGUGGACCCUCAUCACAUCUUGUGGUUGGAUGGCAAUACCUUUUCGAUGGAGUGGAAGGGCUUUGAUGAGGUCUUGCCGAAUUGCGUGUACGCUCUACAUGACUACUCGAUGAUGGGCUUCCCUACCGGCGAGCGCUACAAGGGCACCGAAGACCAGAAUAGCAAGCUCGAGCGACAGUUCCUGCGGAAAGCUGAAUUCAUGCUCGACCACAAAUGCCCCAUCUGGAAUGGCGAGUUCGGUCCAGUCUACGCUGACCCAGCCGAGGACAAAGAUGCAGACGCCGUCAAUCAGGAUCGAUACAACAUGCUCGGCCAACAGCUUAAUGUCUACGACAAGUUCAAGAUCAGUUGGAGCAUCUGGCUGUACAAGGACAUCGGCGUCCAGGGGAUGGUGCACACGAGCCGCGAUUCGAAAUGGAACCGUACCAUCCAGCCCUUCCUGGACAAAAAGAAGCAGUAUCGCUUGGAUGCGUGGGGGGUGCACCACUCGCCGGAGGCGGAAGCCGCUUUGAAUCCUCUCGUAGAGUGGAUCGACAAGAUCUGUCCGACUGCGAAGGAUGCGUAUCCAGGGCCGUGGCAGACCGAAAGGCACGUCAUGCGCGCCGUGAUCCAGACGUGGUUGAGUGCGCAAUUCUCCGACGAGUUUGCCCAACAGUUCAAGGGAAUGGACUUCAAAGAGCUGGACGAACUGGCGCACAGUUUCCAUUUCAACGAAUGUGUCCAACGGCAAGGACUGAACAAGAUCUUGAGCGAGCAUGCUGCUCAGUGA